CUACCAAACGAGUCAGGCCCAAGAAAGUUUCCUCUAUAGACUCGAGAAAGAAAGUUUCCUCUCGCGUUUAAGGGCUCUGUCAGAUAGAAUCCGGACGGCCCGACCCUACCCUGCCGGCGGCGAGGAGCAAGGAUGACGGCGCCGAGGAGGUGGAGGUUCGCGAUGGUCUGCUCGUCGAACAUGAACCGGAGCAUGGAGGCGCACGCGGUGCUGGGCCGCGCGGCACUCGACGUCGAGUCCUACGGCACCGGCUCCCAGGUGAAGCUCCCAGGCCCGUCGAUGCACGAGCCCAACGUCUACGACUUCGGCACCCCUUACGGCGGCAUCUACGACGACCUCCGCCGCAAGGACCCCGACCUGUACAAGAGGAACGGCCUACUGCCAAUGCUGAAGAGGAACAUCUCGGUGAAGCUGGCGCCGCAGAGGUGGCAGGAUAACGCCGGUGAUGGGGUGUUUGAUAUGAUACUCACCUUUGAGGAGAGGGUCUUCGAUUUAGUCGUUGAAGAUAUGAAUAACCGUGAACAGAGGUUAUUGAAGAGCGUGCUGAUAAUCAAUAUGGACGUGAAAGAUAACCAUGAAGAAGCUGCUAUUGGGGCGAAGCUUGCUUUAGAUUUAUGCCACAAGCUUGAAGCAGUGGCUGGUGAUUGGGAGGAAAUAAUCGAUGACCUGAUUGCUGCAUUCGAGAAGCAGCACAAGCGGAAGCUCACAUACUACAUCUCGUUUUACUGACUUGACACCGCCUUGUAAUUGUUUGGAUGGAUGGAUGGUUGGUAGUAGUAUUCAGGAAACAGUAGAAAACUGAAUAGCAACAUGUAACAACUCUUCUCCUCAGGUGUCCGUCCUGGUUGAGCAGCUUUAUCAGAUUUUGACGUGCCCUCA